UGAGUGUGUGCGCGCGCGCGCUCUCGCCCUCGGACGGUGUCCGGCAGGGCUCAUUCUACUCCUUCCAUCCUCUCUCCUUAAGAGCGCUGAGGCCUAGAAAAGCGAAGCGUCAGAAAGGGCCCUAAAAAAAAGGAAAAGGAAAAGUUGCGGCGAGGCCGGCGGCGAUGUCCGUAAGGAGCGGCGAGGGGCGCGCUGUGGCGUUGCUGCUGGCGACAACGACGACAGCCUCGGGGGCGCGGGGCCUGCACCUCUUCCCUUCGUCCGAGCCUCUCCGCCUGCGGUUCCUUCUUCCUCGCAGCUGGGCUCUGCCGGGGGGCUGGGCCCGAGAUUGAGCCGCCCUGGGCUGAGCCCGGGCGGAAGAGCACGGAGACCGAGACUGAGGCCGGGAGGAGCGUGGCGCUGCCCGGAGGCAGCCGAAGCUCCCGCCGCCUGAGCAUGGGAAUCCUCUUCACCCGGAUAUGGAGGCUGUUCAACCACCAGGAGCACAAAGUGAUCAUUGUUGGCCUUGAUAAUGCAGGAAAAACCACCAUUCUUUAUCAGUUUUCUAUGAAUGAAGUAGUGCACACCUCCCCAACUAUAGGAAGCAAUGUAGAGGAGAUUGUCGUUAAUAAUACACGUUUUCUUAUGUGGGAUAUUGGAGGCCAAGAAUCUCUUCGAUCUUCGUGGAAUACUUACUAUACAAACACAGAAUUUGUAAUAGUUGUUGUGGAUAGCACAGACAGAGAAAGAAUUUCUGUAACUAAAGAAGAACUUUACAAAAUGUUAGCACAUGAGGACUUGAAGAAAGCAGGUUUGCUCAUCUUUGCUAACAAACAGGAUGUUAAAGACUGCAUGACGGUAGCUGAAAUUUCUCAGUUUCUGAAGCUAACCUCAGUUAAAGAUCACCAGUGGCACAUUCAGGCAUGCUGUGCUCUUACUGGCGAGGGGUUGUGCCAAGGACUUGAAUGGAUGAUGUCAAGACUUAAGAUCAGAUGAUUUUUACUCUGCACAGACAUUAUAAGGAGAAAGUGCUGGAUGUUUGGUUAUCUUGACAGCUGUGAAUUAAUGGUUUAUCUGUAUUUAUAAAACCAGAACUGAGUUCUACUUUUUUUUUUUUUUGGCUACUUAACACACUAAAGCCACCUCUGACAGAAAGGAAACAAACUUGGCUUCCCAGAUGCUUCCUCUGGGGUGGAGUUUAAAUACUGCAGCUGACUUUAAUUUUAAAGUAAAAUCACUUGAGACUGUUCAAUAAAUGAUGUGUGGAAUGAGAAUGAAAGAGGAAUUUUAACUUUUACAUUUCAUUAUUCCAGCCUAACACUGUUGAAAACGUUGACUUUAUUAUUCCAGCAAAUCAGAAAAGAAAAUCAGUGGCACAGGUAUUGACUUUUCAGUAUUGAGAGUUAUUCAGAUGUGCUUCAGAAGUGCAACAAUGUUCCUGUAUGUGUACUGUACAUUUUGUAUACUUAUACCUCAUGUUAAGGUUGAUUCAGCUCUGUACAGAGAAACAGUAAAUAUCAUUGACUCUAUCAGCACUUUUGCUUCUGAGAUCUGCAAACUGGUUAAUGGCCGUAUGUGAAUACAAGCCACUUUAGUUCAGUUGAACCCCAUAGGUUGUGUCCAGCUCUGACAGUCCACCAACAGAAUGGAUUCAGCUUGUGGAACAAAUUUCCCCUCCCCAGUUUCAUCCCCACUCAUGUACCCAAAUCUCUGGACAGUUGGGGGAAAUUCUGGAGCAGGUUUUGGGGCACACGGGGGCCUACCAGAAGAGGGCAGGAAAGACAAGUUCCAUUGUGUGAGUGGAAGUCUGCUUGCACAACAUCAAAUGUUGCCCCAUGAAAGUAAGCUUUGGAUCAAAAGUACUCCUAACUUGUUUUCCAAUUGGGCUGUGCAAAAUAAUUACUAACAGGGUUAUUGCUGUCACAUCAUUUGUGUUUUGUCUUAUUCUCCAUCCUAUUCACAUGGUGAUGGUAAAAUUCCUGAAAAUUAUUUUUGUUUCCUUUUUAUGCGGCAUAAUAUUGGCAUGUAGCUGUAUCAAGCAAGAAAAUAAAACUGCAAAGCAUUGGCGGGGCGGGAGUGUGGGGGGAAACCUAUAUAUCUUUUAAAGGUUGACAUUUUUAUUGUGUUGGCUGAGAAAAUCUCUUGAAAUAUGCAAUACAAUUUUUAAAAAAGCAUAGUUACACCUGGUUUAUAUUUGGACAUUCCCAUUUAAACAUUUAUGUUAGAGUAUAUAAUGCUAAAGAGAGAAAAAAGAAGACUAAUGAGAAACUUCACAGAAUUGAUUCUUAUAUCUUGGAGCACCCCUUAGAGGAAGUAAGGAUGCAUCUUUGUGAUAAACCAAAAUGAUCAGAUCCAGACUAAGUUGCACUUAAUUCCCAUUGAAAUCAAUUGAAAAUUUAAUGACUAACUUAACCAGUUGAUUUCAGUGGAACCUAAGUCCAACAAACUUAGUCUGGCUCAAAUCCAUUAUUUCUUUAUAGAGGACAGCCAAAAAUCUAGAUAGCAGUGUUAGUAGCAGAUCAUUAGUGAUAUAGCAAACUGCUCUUGAAACUUUCUAGGAAUUUCUUCAGUCAUUUACUCUAUGGCUUCGUGUGGGCUGCCUCUUAAAGAAACAGAAAUCUAAACACAGUGCAUGUUACUUAUGACGCAGUUCUCUGGAUUGUGGAAACGCUGUAAUCCAGAUGAAUUACAACUGACAAAUUUUCCCACCCUUGUUUGCAAAAUCCCCAGGGUUUUUAUGAUGUGAAUAAAUUCUUUUUCCUUAACUUUAUGUAACAGAUCUUGUGAAGCUGGUGGGAGACAAUAAGUUGAAAAGAUGCCAUAGCAUAGAAAAAAUACACUCUGCGUUAAAAGGAUUGUGAUUUUUAUGAAAGUAGUAUUUCAGUGUUCUGAACACUGUGCCUACCAUCCUUAUCAGACUUUUGGGUAAUUUAGAAACAAUAUAUAUAUAUAACUAGCACCUGAUAAACUGGAAAAAUAUAUUUAACUAGCACCUGGUAAACAGGAAUGCCUUAUUCAGAUUUUUCUUUUUAAAAGGAAGGCCAUUAAUUUGCUCUUACAAACAAACCUGUAAUAUGGUAUGUAGUUGGGUCAAAAUGUCUUGAAAUUAGAACACAUUUGAUAGCAGUCUUGACUCUUGGAAUCUGAUGGAUGAGCAAACUGGGCAUCUAUCGUUAUCCAUUGAUUUCUAGUAUAUCUCCUAAAUAUGUUUACAAAUAAUUUCUUAUCAAAUGUAUGUGCAGUAUCAAUGGUGCCAUUAAACUGGUAUAUCAGUGUUUGAGAGGAGGAGGAUCAAUUAAAUUUAUAGGCUGGAAUACAAAGAGCUACUUAGUUGAAUAUAAGAGGUGUGUGCUCAUCCAAAUAAUGGUGGUUGGUUGGUUUUUGUUUUUUACUCUUCUUUGAACUUUUUUACUUAACUCCACGUGCAUAGUUGCAAACUGUUUUUGAAACUCCCCUUAAUUCCAAAAGCAGUUUGCCAUGAAGUGAAGGAAACUGCUGUUUGAGAGGGGGAGAAACAAGUCUAAAGCCCUUUCAGGGUAGCUGCAUGGUUCUCUGGAUCUUAAACAGAAUUUUUCUUUUUCUUUUAUCUGCGGGUUGUAAUCAAACAAAUGCAUUCCUGAAACACAUUGAAAAAUCUGUUUUUUAGCUGUACCGAAUAAAAAUAUACAAGGCUUAACUAAAAUGUGUAGACGUUUGAAAUAUAUCUAUGUUACCAAAUGAAAUGCAUUAAGCACCCUAUACGUCCAUACUUGUAUGAGAGUAAUGUGUAAGAGAUCCCGAAGAAAGUCAGAGUUUUCCCCCUGAUAAUAGGUCUCUGUAUUUUUAUUUUAAGAGUGAGAUUUAAUUCUUCUACUAGCAUGCACUUUCAGUUUGGGAGCAACAAAUUAAAGGCAAAGAGAGGGAGGUGAAUAGCAUAAUCCUUCAGAGAAAAUUUAUGUUUCAUUGACUUCAGGGAACAACAUGCAUAUAAAUGGACAAGCAAUGCCCAACUUAGAUUGGCUGACUGACCCUCAGCGUUGACAACAGGAAAGAUAUCUCGCACAACUUUACGUAUUUCAGAUUGGAAUGAAGCAGGAGUGAAUAGACCCACUCCCCCCUGCCAGUUAGACACCCUGGAGAGAGCGUAACAUAGAGUCUUCAACUAGUCACUCUUAUUUUGGGGUAAGGGUAUGAAGUUACCAAUCAAUUCUAUCAAUUCUUUGGAGUUAUAUUUGUAGCAGAAGCCCAUUUUCAUGUUUGUGUAUAUUUUUGUCAAAUGCAAGUUUUGUACAGGAAAAACCUAUGUACAUUCAUUUAAAACUGUUUACUGCCAUUCCUCUGAAACUUUGCUGAAGGACUUUGGGUGUCAUUCUAGCUCUACAGGUAAAGUUAUCCAAAGCACUAACACCAGUGGAUUAAGGACUGCUUGGCACACACAACUUUCUACCUGAGUGCAAGAAAAAGCAUACACCAGUGUGUGUUUGUAUGUAUAUCUUAAUAGCAAGUCUAAAAGUUACGCAGUGCUAUAUGCUGCUCUGUUUUGCAGAGUGAAGGGAUAGCAUCCUCUGUUCCAGCCUUCCCCAACCUGAUGCCCUCCAGACUACAAUUCCCACCAUCCCUGACAUGGGCCAUGCUGGGUUGGGCCUAUGAUAGUUGAAAUCAAAACAUCUGGGGGGCACCAGGUUGGGGAAGGCUGUUAUAUGCUUUUGUACAAGAUGUGAUUGAUGUGGAUCAUAAGUAUUUUACUUAAUGGGCAAAUUGACUGUUUACCUAAAACCACCUUGGAAUGUACCUUCAUUCGUGUCAAUCUGUAGAAUAGUAAUGGCAUAAAACUGGUCUGGAAUAUCAAAGGAAAGCUUAAAAGGGGGCAGUUUCUAGAUUUUGACUAUUGGAAGAACUGACCCUGGCAUUUAGUUUUUUGGUUUUUUUACUAUCCCUGCCUGCACGCUUACUUCUGUGCCUAUGUAAACCCUACUCAAGUUGUACAUUUGUAAAUAAACAGAUUAUUACAAAGAUA